GGGCUCGGGCAGGCCAAAUGCCCCUGGAAUGGGCGGGGUGAGCUCUCCAGCCCCACCCAGUCACCUGCCUUUGGUGGGGAAGCCAGGCCAUGGCCGUAACAACUGGCGACAUCCAGUUCCAAGCCGAAAGGUGGAGGAAGGGGGCUGGUGCAAGCCCUGGCGUUACUGACCCGCUCCGGGGGCAGGAGGGCUGGGCGGUAGGCGGUCGGUUGGGUGGGGCCUUGCUUCCCGCCAGGCGCGGGGGCGGGGCCCCGGUCUCCGUGGAGACCGCUUCACCUAGCAACCGGACGGGCGUUGAGCAGAGCCGCGGGCCUGAUGGACGCCGAGAGCCUCCUGCUGUCUCUGGAGCUGGCAUCGGGCAGCGGGCAGGGCCUCAGUCCGGACCGUCGGGCCUCGCUGCUCACCUCCCUCAUGCUGGUUAAGCGCGACUACCGCUACGACCGAGUCCUCUUCUGGGGCCGCAUCCUCGGCCUCGUCGCCGACUACUACAUCGCGCAAGGCCUGAGCGAGGACCAGCUCGCCCCGCGCAAGACUCUGUACAGCCUGAACUGCACGGAGUGGAGCCUCUUGCCCCCCGCCACAGAGGAGAUGGUGGGCCAGACGUCUGUGGUGAAGGGCCGCUUCAUGGGGGACCCCUCGCAUGAGUAUGAACACACUGAGCUGCAGAAGGUGAACGACGGCGAAAAAUCCUUUGAAGAAGAAGUAGUGGUCCAGAUCAAGGAAGAGACCCGCUUGGUGUCCAUCAUUGACCAGAUUGACAAGGCUGUGGCCAUCAUCCCUCGAGGUGCCCUCUUCAAGACCCCUUUUGGACCCAUCCAUGUCAAUCGGACCUUUGAAGGAUUGUCCUUAUCCGAAUCCAAGAAGCUCAGCUCCUACUUCCACUUCAGGGAGGCUACUGAGCUGAAGAAUAAGACCUUGCUUGAGAAGGCUGACCUGGACCCCUCUCUGGAUUUCAUGGACUCCUUGGAGCAUGACAUCCCCAAAGCUAGCCUAUGUGGAUAUCGUCCGUAUGUUAUGGGUGAGAAAGAGGCUCAGAGCAACUCCAGGACACAGUGGAUGUUAGCGUUAGCCUCAGGCUCCGAUAUUACUCGUGCUGUCACACAGAUGUUUCCAGCACAGGGCACUAAGAAUCUCCCCCAUACCAGAUAUUCUCCAUGCACUUGGAACAAGACAGACACCUCAGAGGUCUGGGAAGAUCAAAUGACACAAGAUGGGAAAGAGAAACGUGAACUAGAAGGGUCCUGGAGCAUCCAGAUGGAGCGAGGCAACGCCCUGGUGGUGCUACGCAGCCUGCUUUGGCCAGGCCUCACCUUCUUCCACGCCCCCCGCACCAGGAACUAUGGCUACAUCUACGUGGGCACUGGCGAGAAGAACCUGGACUUGCCCUUCAUGCUGUAGGAUGGGAGAGGCCGGACGGUCUGACAGCGAGUAACAGAAGGGCUACCAGACUAAGUAUUUAUGGAGAAGCUUUGGACACCCACUUGUCCAUCAUUUCACAAACUCCAAUUGAAAAAAUAGAAUCUCUAACCUCAACUAUUCCUGUUGUAAAACAAAAUGAAAACCAAGCAAAACCAAAACCAAUUCCUUUUGUCUUUCU